AUGAAGUAUGUACUUGUUUCUGGAGGUGUCAUCUCGGGGAUUGGGAAGGGCGUUAUUGGUAUGCAUGGUGAAGUUUUUGUUCUCGAUGAUGGCGGUGAAGUCGACCUCGACCUUGGAAACUACGAGCGCUACCUCAACAUCACACUCACUCGAGAGAACAACAUCACAACUGGCAAGAUCUACCAGCACGUAAUCGAACGUGAACGUCGCGGCGACUAUCUUGGGAAAACGGUGCAAGUUGUGCCGCACCUCACAGACGCCAUUCAGGAUUGGGUUGAGAGGGUCGCGAGGAUCCCUGUUGACGAUACAAACGAGUCUCCUGAUGUUUGUAUUAUCGAGUUGGGUGGUACAGUUGGCGACAUUGAGAGUGCGCCCUUCAUUGAGGCGAUGAGACAAUUAAAGAGACGUGCUGGAAAGGGCAACUUCAUGCAAAUUCAUGUCUCUUUGGUCCCGGUCAUUCAGGGCGAGCAAAAGACAAAGCCCACACAACAAGCUAUCAGAGAUGUUGGAAGGGCAGGAUUAGUUCCUGAUCUUAUUGCAUGCCGAUGCGACAUUCCUCUGGAAGACAGUACAAUUGAAAAGAUCGCCAUGUUUUGCCAAGUCGAGCCAGAGCAGGUAGUCGCAGUCCACAACGUUUCUUCGACCUACCACGUCCCCUUGCUUCUUGAAAGACAAGGCCUCAUAACCACCAUCCGCGGCAUCCUGAAUCUCGAUAGUGUCCCCAAAACUAAAGCGCUUGUCGACCGUGGACAAAGAACGUGGACAAAGUGGAAGGAACUCACAACUCAGCAAGACCGCCUCUUCGACACGGUAUCGAUCGUUCUGGUGGGAAAAUACACCAACCUACACGAUUCAUACCUGAGCGUCAUCAAAUCCCUCGAACACUCUGCCAUGCGCUGUGGUAAGAAACUCAACCUAAUCUGGGUCGAUGCUUCAAACCUUGAAGACCAGGCAAAGUUGGACAACCCAGCCGAAUUCCACAAAGCUUGGCACGAAGUCUGCACAGCGGACGGAAUUCUUGUCCCUGGUGGAUUCGGGCAUCGUGGCACAGAAGGCAUGAUUCAAGCUGCGAAGUGGGCACGUGAGAACAAGAUACCCUAUUUAGGAAUUUGCUUGGGCAUGCAGAUUGCCGUCAUCGAGUUCGCGCGCCAUGUAUGUAACAUCACGAAAGCGAGUUCGGCCGAACUGCACGAGCAGUGUGCUGAUCCGGUCGUGAUCUUCAUGCCGGAGAUCGAUAAGGUCAAUCUCGGAGGCACGAUGAGGUUGGGUAUUCGCCCAACGCUGUUCCAGGAAGGUUCGGAAUGGUCACGUCUUAGACAACUUUAUGGGGAGAAGAAGGAAAUCCACGAGAGGCAUAGACACCGAUAUGAAGUCAACCCAGAAUAUGUUGAACGACUGACGGAAGGUGGUUUGCAAUUUGUUGGCAAAGAUGACAAGGGGGAGCGGAUGGAGAUUAUUGAGCUUAAGGAUCAUCCUUGGUUCGUCGGUGUACAAUUCCAUCCAGAAUACCUAUCUCGGGUACUGCAGCCGAGCAAGCCGUACCUGGGGUUCGUCGCGGCGGCAGCCGGGUGCCUGGAGAAGAUUACAGCUGAAGUGGUGCAGGAGGAGGGAAUCAACGGUGUGGAUGAGACCUUGGUCAACGGUUUGAACGGCGUUAGGAUCUAG